AUGGCGGACGUAACUACACCUUCUGCUAUAGCCAUGUCGACCAUAAAUGCUGGUGCCGACCCUGUCCAAAAGCCCACCAAGACGAAACCAGAAAAGCCAGACGAAGCAGCAUACAAAGAAAAUCUUUCUCAAGCCGACAAAGUCUUGCAAGUCUCUCAAGAAAAGUUUAACGCCCUCAAGGCCAAAAUAGACGCUGCUCAGCCGAGGAACACCGACUCCCCUUCCAGUAAAAGGGCCCAGGAACUCAAGUCAGAAUUGGGAUCCAUACGGCAGCAGCAGUCAGGAUUUAAGUCAUCAAGAGGUUCGGUACAAGACAAGAUAGGAGCGCUAGAUGCUCAGCUCAAAUCACGCAUCAACGAGCAAAAGACAAAGCGAAGCCAGGUACCUUACAAGAGCGUUGAGGAGAUUGACAGGGCAAUUCAACAACAGGAAAAGAUCGCCGAGUCGAGUACCGCAACCCUUGUUGAUCAAAAGAAGGCGAUAGCUGAACAGUCGAGUCUAAGAAAGCAAAGAAAGGCGUUCGGGACGUUCGAAGACGCACAGCGAGGCAUCGAUGGAGUCAAAUCGCAGAUCGCAGAGCUCAAGAAGUCGUUGGACAAUCCCGAAGCCAGGGCCUUGUCCCAGAGAUACGAUCAAAUAGAUAAAGAGCUCAAGGCUAUCAGAGCAGAGCAGGACGGCGCGUACAAAAGCUUAUCUUCACUACGGGACGAACAGAGCAAAGCGUAUGCAGACAAGCAAGAGAAGUUGAAAACUGUCAAGGAGAUCAAAGAUCAUUAUUAUAAGGCAAAGUCAGCCCAUCGAGAUUACGAACAAGAGCAAUACAGGAUACGCCAAGCAAAGGAAAAAGAGGAACGUGAGGCAUACUUCAAGGAGAAAAGGAGAAAAGUGGCAGAGCAAAAGCUUGAAGAAGCGAGCCAGCCGGCGUAUGCCGACGAGAUAUUGACGGCGGAACAUCUGAUACGAUAUUUCGAUCCCACGUCUUCAGAAGCCUCUAAACCACUACGUGCUCCUAGUGGAUUUGCUGCCGAAGCAUUACGAAGUGUUGAUGCCAAUCUCGAAUUCAAGGGCAUGAAAGUAGUGAAGAAAGAUGACCAUGAGAAUUACUUUAUUGGAGGUGGGGGUAAAAAGGGGAAGAAAGGAAAGAAGGGCAGUUCUGCCGCCUCCCCUGCCCCAGCAACUCCAACGGAAGGCAAAUUCAACCUCAGCAUAGGCAUCAUUGAAAACCUUGCGAAGGUGAAUGUGGAGCCACCCAUGUCUCAGAGUGAUGUGCCGACAGUCCUGGAAAGGUUGAGGGAGAGGAAGGCUAAAUGGAAAGACGAACAGGAUGGAAAAACUAAAGAGAAUAUCGCAAAAGCACAAAAGGAGAUCGACCGCCUCGAAGCCGAAGCGAAAGAAUCUCAUUCAUCCUCCACAGCGAAUCGAAGGACUCACGAUGUAGCCAAGAAGCCAUCAAUUGCCAAUCAGUCAGUGAACGGCACUGCGAACGCCAGUGCAGAGUUAGCGCAAGAAAACGAUGCUGCGGAUGACGUAGUCAAGGAUUUGAAAGAGGCAUCUAUUGAAGAAAGGACGGAAGCAUAG